AUGCCGGAGCAGAAAAUAACCGACUUCACCGGCACAUUCAAGCUCAAUACUUCCAACAAUUUUGACGAAUUUUUAGAGGAGCUCGGCGUAAAUGUUGUACUGAUAAAUAUGGCCAAGAUGUCGACGCCCGUGGUUAACAUCACCAAAGAUGGCGACACCUAUACUCUCAAGACAAUCGCCGGCUUUAAGAACAGCGAGAUCAAGUUCGAGUUGGGCAAAGAGUUCGAGGAGGCGCGCAUGGAUGGCAAGACUGUCAAGAUUAUAAUAGCACUAGCCCAUGUCCACAUCUCACCAAAAAUUUAUCAGGAUUGA